CCUGUAGUCCCCUAGCUGCCCUCGUCUGUGCGUAAAACCGUGCGCGCUUCCGACCAUGACAGACUACGACUACGACAAAUCCACCGCGUUUUUGGGCGAAUGGGGCUCGUACCAGUGGCGCCUCCUCAUCCUCCUCUCCUUGACCAUCGUCCCGAACGGCUUUACCGGACUGUCCAUCGUGUUCCUAGCGGACACCCCGAGCCACCGCUGCCACAUCCCCGCCGAGGCGAACCUGAGCGCGGCGUGGAUGAACAGCAGCAUCCCGUUGGAGGUGGAGCAGAGCAGGGACAGCGACGCAGCGGUGCCGAGUCGGUGCGCUCGGUACAAGCUGCGAGUGCUUCGGGAGUUUUCGGAGAGGGGACUGGAGCCCGAAGACGUGAACGUGUCGCGCGUGGAGACUGAGCCGUGUUUGGACGGGUGGGAGUAUGACACCAGCGUCUACACGUCCACGAUCAUAACAGAGUGGGACUUGGUGUGUGAUGACAGCUGGAAAAACCCUCUGACCACCUCUAUUCACUACUGCGGAGUUCUGGCAGGAUCUUUCAUUUCAGGACAACUCGCUGACCGGUUUGGGAGAAAAGUGGUGAUGUUCGCGUCCAUCGCGAUUACAAACGUCUUCUGUUUUCUGCAGAUCUUCUCUCCGUCAUGGCCUGUGUUCUGUGCCUUGUACUUUGUGAUUGGCAUGGGCAAAAUCUCCUCUUAUGUGACUGCGUUUGUGCUAGGCAUGGAGGUCCUGAGCCCCCGUGUGCGCACCGCCUACUCCACGGCGGGCGUGUGUCUGUUCUUUGCCGCUGGGUACAUGCUCAUGCCACUGGCGGCGUUCUUCCUCAGAGACUGGAAGAGCCUGCUCCUGGGGCUGACCCUGCCGAGCCUCGCCCUGGUCCCGCUCUGGUGGUACAUCCCAGAGUCUCCUCGCUGGUUACUGUCUCAAGGAAGAACCGAAGAGGCCGAACUCGUGAUAAAGAAUGCAGCAAAAAUAAACAAAAAGGACAUUCCAGAAAUCAUCUUUAAAUCUCUGCAGGCCGGACCGCUGUCAGAGAAGAAGAACACGUCCUAUAACAUCUGUGCCCUGCUGCGCUGGGGCUCCCUCCGCUGGCUGUCUCUCACGCUCUGGAUCAUCUGGAACAGCGUGACCAUUGCCUACUUUGCUCUUUCUCUGAACACCUCCAAUCUCCAUGGAGACGUGUAUUUUAACUGCUUCCUGUCCGCGCUGGUGGAAGUCCCGGCCUACGUCCUCUCUUGGGUCAUGUUUCGCUGGUGUCCUCGGCGUCUCUGUCUCUCCUCGUCUCUGGUGAUGUGCGGAGGCUUCCUGCUGCUCAUUCCCUUCAUACCUCAAAACCUCACGGCCCUCGCCACCGCCCUGGAGAUGCUGGGUAAAUUUGGGGCGACCGCAGCCUUCACCAUCGUCUACGCCUACACCGCCGAACUGUACCCCACCGUCCUGAGGAACACCGCAGUGGCCACCUGCUCCAUGGCGGCGCGACUCGGCAGCAUCAUCGCACCGUACUUCAUUUAUUUAAGGAGCUUGUGGGUGUCGUUGCCGUACAUGCUGAUGGGGGCCCUCACUGUUGUGACUGGAGUCAUGAGUCUGCUGCUGCCGGAGAGCCACGGCCUUCCUCUGCCCGAGACCGUGGGCCAGAUGCAGCCUUUCCCCGGCUGCUGUGUGAACAAGCCUUAUGAACCUACGGGCGACAAAGAAGAAGAGGAACCAAUAGAAACAAAGUCUUCGAUAUAAUUUGAUGAAGCCCAUAUCCAAAAUCAAAUACAGUAAAUAUACACUCCAUCUUUUUGUCCAAUAAUGCCAAAGGUGCAACUGAAGUAAAAGACUGGACUGUUUUGAGCCAUGG